AACCGGAAGAAACACCCGGAAGGUGGUAGCCUAGCUUCUCGAAUCCAGCUGGCCUCGACAAGAUCGACCAAGACAGCACAGGGAUCUUAUAAGAGUGUUGCACAACUGACAACACGGCGUAACGAGGUAUCCAGAUGCAUACUAGAAACAACUAAAGGAAGCCGAAAGAAUGCUAGUUGACUUUAAAUAUCGUACAAGUCAAGGAUACUAAUGCGAAGGUCUUUUCAUUUUGAAUGCCAUUGAAUAAGAGUUUGGGAGAAAGCGCAACUUAUUCAACGAUCAGGAACCCAACUACUAUAAUUCCAAAUUAUAGUAAUCGUAUGUAGCUGCAUAUAAUAGUUAUCAUUCUUGUUUUUUAUUCCUAGCAGUACUGCAGCGUGCAAGGGUAAAACGAACUCAAAACUACGUUAGAACACAGUACGAUCGCAGUUUGUAGAGUCCAACCUUCGCGGGUGGUAAAGUUGAAAACAUACAAACCCACACACUGAUACGAGAACGGUUAGACUGACUAGUGCAUUACUGCUGCAUUUGUGCAUUGUUGUUCAAGUGAUCGGACCAUUCAGAACGUGAGCUGGAUGUUUGUUUACUCUUUGGUGCUAUAUCGAUUAGGUCGCCGAAAGUGAAGAGUAAGAUAUCGUGUGGCCUCGGUAGCGCGUUGUUACUCUUCUAGCAACGAUUUGAAGUGAUGAUUAUGUUAUAAAGACAUUAAGGUUUUAUGUAGUAUAACAUCUUGUACAGUGAACCUGAUCUUACUUUGCCAAUCGAACCUUCAAUGGAAAAGCAGUGUUGUGAAGUGAAAUCGUGCUAAGGAAAAUGAAAAAAGUGGAACAAAGGUGUCGGUUAGUGUGAGCUUAGUUACGUCUUAGUUUUGCCGCUCUUUGCCCGUAUAUCCAAUGCCAGUGCCAAUGAUCUUGCAAUAAUAUACGUACGACAUUUACGAAACAAGUUGAUCACUAGUUAGUGGGUGCAAAUAUUGAAAUAGUUAACAUGAUGUCUGCGUUAAGCCACCAGGUGAACAUGAACAAUUUUCUGUCGCUCCUGGUGGGCGCCUCUUUAGUCGCGGCAAAUUCAUCUCCGAGCCACGAUAUAGCUUCUCUGUCACAGCCAACCGAGUUCAGUAAUGGAGUUUCAUCGUUUGCUUUGCCGGCAGAAGAUCGAAUGGCCAUUGAGAGCUCCACGCUGGCCUAUCUAAACUAUAGCUUUACAGGGCCGGAUGGGCACUUGAUAGAGUUCGGCAGCGAAAGCGCAAAGUAUGGUGAAGGACGAGUUUUGAAUCGAAGUGGACUAUUGGUGCACAUCAGCAACAGUGCUAACCAUUCAGACCAUACCGGAUGUUCGAAGCAAUGGUCCGGUACGCUCGGUGGAACAAUUCCGGAGCGCGAUGCACCCUGGAUUGCACUAGUACGUCGUGGUAGUUGUAAUUUCGAAGACAAGGUUAAACAUGCAUACGAGCGCGGUGCUGCAGGGAUCAUUAUCUAUAAUGAUAAGAAUGAUACAAAGUUGGAAAAAAUGAAGAUCAACGAUAAAGAGCGAAACAUUACUGCAGUCUUCACCACCAAUGCAAUGGGGCGUGAGCUUAUUGAAAUUUUGGAAGUUCAUAGAUCCGUUGUGCAAAUGCGCAUAAUUGAAGGAUCUCGUCAGUUCCGCAACCUAGGAAACAUUAAUCGAACGUCUGUGCUGUUUGUUUCAAUUUCAUUCAUUGUACUAAUGAUAAUUUCCCUGGUUUGGUUAGUAUUUUACUAUGUGCAACGGUUCCGGUAUUUGCAAACCAAAGACAAACAAUCAAAACGACUCUGCAGUGUCGCAAAGCGGAUUAUAGCAAAAAUCCCUACCAAGAGUAUUAAAUCAGAUGACAAGGAAAUCGAUAAUGAUUGCUGUGCCAUCUGCAUCGAACCGUAUAAAGUAACUGAUGUUAUACGUGUUCUGCCGUGCAAGCACGAGUUCCAUAAGGUCUGCAUAGAUCCAUGGCUACUUGAGCAUCGUACCUGCCCAAUGUGCAAAAUGGACAUUCUGAAGCAUUAUGGCUUUGUGUUUACGGGUAGUCAAGAAAGUAUUCUUCAACUAGACAUGGACAUGGAAGAAGGAGAUCUUAUUGACGACAGAAGCAGCACGGAUGGAGGAUAUCAAAGACGUAACAGUGUCAGUCCUUUACCUCAAAUAAGAGCCUCGAAUGAAAAUCAGAUAUCACGCAGUUCUUCUGAUUCAGAUUCCGAACAAGAACAGUCAUCGCCUGGUCGACGUUCGGCUCAAGCACGAAUUAAGCGUGAUAGCCAACAAAAUCAUGAUGAGAUGAUACCGCAGGACGGCGACAUUUGUGUAGGCUGUCUUGCAGCAGCGUUAAACAGGAAACAGAAAAACAAUGAUACCUGUGCUAUUACAGACGAUGUGGACAGUGAUUCUUACGCCGCUGAGACAAACGGUUCCAAAAGUCUACCAGCAACACUAAAAAAAUACAAGGGUAACCAUUCAACCGGAUCUUGUCGCGGUAUGAAUCCUCCAGACCAUUAUCAUCCGUAUCCUCAUAGUAACAACCGUGGCAGCAAAGAUUACCAGACUCAAGAUUCGCAACAAUCCGCUCGUGAUGAUGCAAACGCGCCACAUUCAUCGAAAAUUUCAUUCAAGUUUUAUAAAACUGAUCGCGGUCAGCCACGUAAAACACGAACACCGCUCCGCAACUUAAUUCCUCAAUCGAUUUCAGCACCCUGUGAUACUGACAGCUCGUUGCGCGUAUGCAUCCAUAGCAGCCCAGAGCAGCUUUCAAAAGAGGCUUCUACAUCCAAGUUGGAUGCAAUGGAAUCCAACACACAAAUAGAGGACGUACCUCAAGUGCAUAUAAGUCUACAUCCGGUCAAUGUCAAGCGACGUUGCUCGCUGUCACGCAAUUCAUCUUGUUCAUCAGGUGGUCGCAAGGACAUUGUAACAAGCGAAGAUCUGAAAAUGGCAAUGGAUUACUCCAAUGAAGAGGAUGUUUCAGAUGAAACGGAGCCAAACAGUGAUAAUGAUCUGAUAGUUAGACGAUCGGAGCGGGGUAGCGAAAAAGAAACUCGGAAAAAGUGAUUAAAUCGAUGGUAUCGUUUAAAACCAUCGGGUAAUUCAUGGCACGAUGAUAGAUAAUGAUCGCUUUUCUGCUACCACCCAAGAAACACGGUUGAUGACGAAUCGAAACACAUAAUGUGAUAGAGUGAGACUGUACAGGCGAGACAUAUGUGAGUCAGUUUCCGUUAGAUAAAGCAUGUGUUUGUACGGACUUUUCCCGCAAUGGGAAUGGGUUUCUGCAUUGAUGUAGGUGGACUUAUUACGAUAAAUAAUCCCUCCUUUGGAAUCCUCCUACGAAACCAGCAGAGCUUUCAGCUUAGACAGUAGUUCUUGAACACUUUCAAUAAUAAUUCUAGCAAACAAGCAACCUAAAGGAAACAUUUGUAGGGCACGUAAUAUUUUAACCCCGUUCUUUGAUAGAAUACCAAACCACUACAAUGGCGUUUCGCGUUGUUGUUCAGCAAUGACGAAAUUUAAAUAGUAUAGAUAAUUCUAGUGAAAUGUUUCUAGCAAUAUCGUGCAGUCACUAAAUCUUGGUAUUCCACUACAAUGCAAUGAAUCAGAAACUAUUCCACAGUAAAAAAAAACGUUUUCCGAAUUAAAGUCCUACGCAAAUUGAAUGAUAGAUACUAGUUUUUUUUAUUAGAUAGGAGGAAUAUAGCAGUUACUCAUUUUGCAAUUUAAACUCUUAAACUACAUAAGAACUAUUUCAAAAAGGAAGAAAAGCGCUUUAUCGUUUGAUGGUGUAUGAUUGGCUGUAAGGAUUUGUUUUAUUCAAACACGCAAUACGCUUAGAUAUGCUCAUGUAUGAUUGAAAACAAUGUUUGAAAACACGGAAUGCAUAAGCUAAAUUAAUGAAGGUAGCAACUACCAAGAUAAUGAAUGGCUUAACAUGACUUUGUCAAUUUAUUCGACUAAGAAAACAAUAGCCAACAUCCGCAACUAGACAUUUGGCUUUAAAAUUGAGCUAGAAAUAGUGUGCUGAUAGGACAUUGAAAUAAAAUAACUUAAACUACAAAAAGAAGCCAACCAUUGUUGUGGGCGUACUAUUUUUUUUUUAUUUGUCAGAUUGUUUAAAUGACUUACCUUUGUAACGUUCAGCUUUGCGUUUCAAAAAUUAAUGUUACGUAUCGGAACGAACACGAACGCAGACAAGUGACAUAUUUUUGUUUUGUAACGUUGAAAAUUCGUAGAGGGGCGUUAGCAUUCGUCUCGCAAAUAAUAAAUAAACAAUAAUUAAAACAACA